UGAGGAAGAACGUCCGGUGGCGGUAUAUGUGUUUCUCCUGGUAGAAUGCUGCAUUUGACUUUGCAGACAUGUAUGGUAGCAUGUUGAGCCUCUGCUUAAACUGCAGCCCUUAAAUUAUGUUACCGGACGUAUAAUUGUCACCGCUGUCACUGUUAACGGUUUCUCAAAUCUGAUAGGUUGUCAUUGUAAUUCCGCCCAUUAUUAAAUUUACAUGUUUCCGUCUAAAAAUGGCGGCCCACUUCGGCAAGUUAAUUCGUGUAGGUACAUGCGGCGUUUUGAGAUCGAGUUUUUCGCGUCCAGUCUUUCGUGCUUCUGCUCUUGUUCUUUCACGCCGUCGUGCCCAUGGACUGCGGAGUAGCCUUUACGAGCAUGUUAGGGAUGGGUAUAGCGAUAAGCCGCAGCUGGAUAUGCAAUAUGUCUGUGAAGAGACUGACAAAGUCAUCGCUAAUGUGGAGAAAAGAAAAGGUGAACUUCGAGGGGAGGACGUUCCGGAGAUAGUGUCAGUCUGGCAGCAGCUGCAGCAGGUGAAAGCGGAGAUUGCCAAGCUGGAGCAGAAGAAGAUAGAAAUCAGCACCAGAGUCCGAGCUUUAGUGGAUCAGUAUGACAAGAAAAUGCUGCCUGCUCUGCCAGAAUACCAGCAAGCGAGGGCAGAAGGACGAGAGAUCCGCAACAGCUUAAACAAACUAUACCCCCAGGAAACUGAGCUGGAGAUGGAGCAUUUUGUUCGAGCCCUGCUUCUACCCAACACUACGCACCCUAGUGUGCCAGAGGGGGAUGAGACUCACGCCAAAGUAGUGGAGCUGGUUGGCCAGAAACCUGAGUUUGACUUCAAAGUGAAAGGGCACCUGGAAAUUGGAGAACAGCUUGACCUUAUCAGGCAAAGACGUCUGGCUCACAUAUCGGGUCACAGGUCGUACUAUCUGCGGGGAGCCGGGGCCCAACUCCAAACAGCUCUGCAGAACUUUGUUUUGGACUUCCUUCAACAAAGGGGUUUUGUCCCCAUGGUUGUGCCUGACAUGCUGAAAGCAGCUGUGUUUGAAGGCUGUGGGAUGCAGCCCCAUGCUCAUCAAUCUCAGGCCUACUCCCUGGACCCAUCCCGCUACCCUGACCUCCGACUGGCUGGCACUGGUGAGGUGGGCAUAGCAGGUUAUUUCAUGGAUCAUGCUGUGAACAGCAAGGACCUGCCAGUCAGGACGGUAUGCUGCAGCACGUGUUACCGGGCAGAGACGGACACCGGCAGAGAGCCCUGGGGGCUCUACAGAGUCCAUCAGUUCAACAAGGUGGAGAUGUUCGGGGUGACGGCGAACGAGACCGGCGAGGAAAGUUCACAGCUGCUGGAGGAGUUCGUCGCUCUGCAGAAGCAGAUAUUCUCUGCGCUGGAGCUUCAUUACAGAGUGCUGGACAUGCCCACCCAGGAACUAGGGCCCCCGGCUCAUCGGAAAUUCGACAUCGAGGCCUGGAUGCCGGGGCGAGGCAGCUACGGCGAGAUCUCCAGCGCUUCCAACUGCACGGACUACCAGAGUCGACGGCUGAACAUCCUGUACGAGGGGGAGGGGGGGGGCCUGCGUUACGGCCACACGGUGAACGCCACCGCUGUGGCCAUCCCUCGCACCGUCAUCGCUAUUCUGGAGACCCACCAGAACAAGGAUGGUACUGUACGAAUACCUCAUGCCCUGCAACCCUACAUGAAAUCAGAAGUCAUCCAGAAGCCCAAUUUUGCUCCACUGAAGUAUGUCGGACCAAAUCAACCAAGUCGGAUUCGCCAUCUUGGCCCCGAGUUGAGAUGAUGGCGAUGAGCGACCCAAGCAGUACCUCUGGUUACCCGGCUCACUGAAAACCUUUUCCGCUGCAGGGAUGCCUAAAGUGUGUGACCAGUCUAAUCAUGUAAAUAUAUUUAAACUCGCGCCUUUAAAA